AUGCAUUUCAAGAACGUUCUCCUUCUUGCAUUCCUCAGCGCUUCUAGUGCUUUCAUCAUUCCCGAGGGCACUGGAGAUGGUGUCUACGAGCACCAUGUCGAUGCCAACGGUGUUGAUGUGCACGUCAAGAUUGGCAACGCCACAGACUUCUCUGCCACAGAAUUGAGCGCCUAUACCAAGAGAGUGAACUCCAUCCGCGCUUCACGUCUCCAGGCGCGUGAAGGCGCUUUUUGCAACCAGGGCCCUGACAAAGCAAACAUGCAUCAUGGCGACACUGAUGCCGCAAACGCUGAUCUGGAUUACCAGUGCAGCAACUAUGGACCGACCAAGGGCCGCCACAACUACUACUCUGUUCGUGGCAAUACCGUUGCAUUCUUUUGCAACUAUGCUCUUAACUCAGUCCAAUGCACUGCAGAACGACGUGCUCAGCUGAGUGCUGCCAUUACGAGGACAUGCGGAUGGUACCAUGCUGGAUGGUGGGAUGGGGGUUUGACUAGCUACGGUUAUGACACCGGCAGAUGUUUCUGCAACGAAUGUGUGUAA